UUCUCUUAGACAUUUCCGACCUCAACCAUGCCAUGAUCGAACUCGGACUGCAGCGUAUUUCACGCCUGCUAUACAACACACCGACACCAUGGAGAGCGAUCCACGUUGCCGGCACCAAUGGGAAAGGUUCCGUCUGCACGUACAUCUCGCAGAUGCUGCAGGUGUACAAUGAUUCCACGUACAGAGCAUCUCGAGGUCAUAGGCCUCUACGACUGGGUAGCUUCACAAGUCCUCAUCUCAUUGACAGAUGGGACUGUAUCAGGCUCCGCAACUACAGAGGCAGAGACAUGGCACCAGUGAGCUCCGAACUUUUUCAUGCAGUAGAGAAGACCGUCCUGGAUCGCAACCGCGAGGCAGACAUUCGAGCUACCGAAUUCGAGCUGUUGACGGCGACCGCAUUCGAGAUCUUUACUCGCGCUAAGCUUGACGUUGCAGUCGUGGAGGUCGGUGUUGGCGGCAGACUGGAUGCGACGAACAUCCUUGGCCAACCAUACGUGGAUAAGAAUGGCUUCCCUACUACUGAGAAGCCUCGUCCGCUGCCACUUGUAUCGGUGAUAACGAAGAUUGGUAUGGAUCACCAGGGUCUUCUUGGCAACACCAUCGAAGAGAUCGCCAGAGAAAAGGCUGGAAUCGCAAAGCCUCCAAUACGACUUGUAUACGAUCACACGAAUUCUCCCGAGGUCAAAGAAGUACUCAAGCAGGCAGGGACUCGAACUUUGAACAGCUUCAACGCGGACUUCACGCGCCGACAGUUUCAAGCGAAUCUGAAGAAUUUGAAUUGGACCACUGGCCUUGCGAAUCGCAACGAUCAACGUCCGGGGAACGCCAGCCCAGCCGGGUCCAGUAUCAAAACUGAAACCUUCCAGUCCCUCCAAACCGCAAUGGCCGAAAGCGUGACACGAACAAUCUUCCGUGGCCGCCAGCAAUGGAUCAACAUCCGCAGUCUGACCGGCCGCAGGGAACGCGCCUUGCUAGACGGCGCUCACAAUCCGCAGGCCGCAGAGGUGCUGAACCAUAAAGUCUCGGCUCUGCGCGGCAUUCCUCGCGAAGAGGACGAAUCUGCUUCGCUGUACCCUAUCACUUGGGUCGUAGCCAUGACCAAGGGCAAGGAAGUCGCGGGAUUCUUCGAGAAAUUGCUGUUGGAAGGCGACAAUGUCGUGGCGGUGGAGUUUGGACCCGUCGAUGGAAUGCCUUGGGUCGAAGCGAUGGGCUCUGCGGAGCUCAUUGCAGAGGUGAGGGACGUCAUGCCGGAUCUGGCGGCUACUGGAGACUAUGGACGGGACCUGUUGGCCGCUCUGAAAGCUGCAAGUGAGAUGGCGGAGAAGACUCCUGGCCAGAAACUUGUGAUCGCGGGAAGUUUGUAUCUCGUGGGUGAUACACUGAGGCUAUUGAGAGACACUCAUCAAAAGGAGAAAGGGAAUAUCGGGCGCAACGCUUGAACGGAACAACGAAGCGUCUUUCGAAAGGGCGAGGUCAAUGACAGCGGUCGAUCGGACGAGAUGGCUGCUCCAUGAGUGAACCCCAUCUUGCCCUCCGUAGGUCAAUGAGCCCUCCGUAGGUCAAUGAGCCGUUGAACCACUGCUAGCAGCUGGACCACAACUCGCACACGUGCAUGCUCCACGGCAGGCCUAGGGUAUUUGUCUCUUCUGGGAAGACUCCCAAGCACGGUCCGCGGAGAUAUCGAAGAACGUGGCAGUCUCGAUGACUAGCUGGGCUCUG